GGGCCCUUUGUACGCAUGAAUGAGCACUAUAUCCGGAUAAAACUGGAAGAUAGGUUUAAUUUCAUCCAGUUAACAUUUCACACGGAAGAGAUGAAGAUUGCUGUAGUCCUGCUGGCUUUAGCUUUUCAGCUCGUGGCAGCUCGUCGUGCUGCAGAUCAUCGUCAUGGACAUCAUAGACAUCAUGGACAUCAUGGACAUCAUGAGUCGAGAUCCAAGUUUUUUAUUCCUGUCUCCGCUACUGAUGAUGCUGGGUGUACCGAAGAAGCUGUAAAUGCUGAGGUUUUAACCGGAUAUCCUGGGAAGAACAAUACAGUACUGGAUAAUCUGAAUAUAGGAGAUACGCUGGUCAUCUGUUUACAGAGGAAGCACUGGGGCUGUGAAGAGGAGGAAACUGGGGUCGAGGAGCGUGGAAUAGGAGCUAGGGUUCGUGGAAUGAUUAAGAGAAUGAUUGGUAAUCAGGAGGAUUGCAACAAGUGGAAGCUUGAGACAGGAACGAUAAAGAAGUCCUGGAAACCUGAUUGGAUGGAAAAGGAGUAUGAAGAGGUUGAUGGUGAAGAGGUUGAUGAUGAAGAGGUUGAUGGUGAGGUUGAGACUGGUGUAGUCGACCCUGCUGUAGAGACUGGUGCAGUCGACCCUGAGAUUGAUACCGAGCGACUCGCCGCGUCCUCUCGUUGAUUUGAAUUCUUCUUGGUGAAUAUAAACUUAUAUAAUCUUCAGUAGUUAAUCAUAUAAUGAUAUAAUAUUAAUUAUAUAAUGAUAUUAGAACAAAUAAAAUAUUUAAUCUGGUA